CACUCGGUCUGCAGCACCUGUUGUGAUAACAUCAACAUGAAUAUACUGACCUGCGUACUCCUGGCCGGUGCCGCCCUCGUGGCCGCCAGGCCGGAGGGUUUGGACGUCCACGCCGGCGACAUCGACGGCUUCGGCCAUGACUCUGGGGGCUUCGGUGGCGAUAUUGGCAUUGGCCAUGGUAUUGGCCACGACAUUGGCCACGGCAUUGGCCACGGCAUUGGCCAUGGUAUUGGCCACGGCAUUGGCCAUGGUAUUGGCCAUGAUAUCGGACAUGGCGUAGGUUUUGACCAUGCUAUCGGGCACGGUGGAGGUAUUGGCCACGGAAUCGGACAUGGUGGAGGAUUAGGAGGCGGAUUUGGAGGUGGUUUUGGAUUAGGUGGUUUCCAUGGAGGCGGUGCCAUCGUACAUUCCCAAGUGAGCGGUAAAGUACUUCAUCCCGUCAUCACAACCAAAGUCGAGCUGGUCUCGAAGCCUCUCCCCGUCAAGGUUCCCGUCAAAGUACCGAUUGUGAAGCACGUGCCGGUACCCAAGACCAUCACGAACGUUAAGACAAUCAAGGUUCCUUUCGAAGUCGUCAAGACGGUCCCAUUCACGGUGGUCAAGACCAUCAAGGUACCUGUCAAGAUCCCCGUCAAGGUCCACACCACGAGCCAUGAUUUUGGCCACGGCAUCGGCGGCGGGUUUGACGAUGGUUUCGGUGGUGGCUUUGGUGGCAUUGGUGAUAUCCAUGGAGGUUUCGACGCACAUCAUUAGAGUUGUAUAUCUUAGGGCGAACAAAUUAUUACGUUUACAAUUAUUUUGUUUUUCUGCUUCAUCCCUUGGGUCAGUAAGUUUUAUGCUUCCGAUGCGAGUUUUUUACUUUUUCAUAAAGUUUUGAAUGUAA